GUGGAGAGUUGGACUUUUUUAUAUGUUUUAGAAGUCACUUCCUUCACAUUAUCCAGCAUUACUUUCACUUUCAUGCUCGGGCGAGUUUUUUUCUCCCCACAAAACUUAAAAGGCUGUGUGGGGGGAUUCUUAUGAAACAAAACUUAACUCCCUUUCAGCAUUCACAGGUGUGUACUGCUGCAUAAUCUACACGAACAGAAACGCAAGGAAAGGAGCAGUAGAAAUUUCAAAAUGGCUGAAUCCAUGCUGAGUCAACAAAAGGAUCAGUUCAGCUGUUCGGUGUGUUUGGAUCCACUGAAGCAGCCGGUGACGAUUCCCUGUGGACACAGUUACUGUAUGAGCUGUAUUACUGACUGCUGGAGUCUGAAGGAGCAGGGGCCGCCGUACCGCUGUCCCCAAUGCAGAGAGAUCUUCAGACAGAAACCUCUACUAAAGAAGAACACUCUGAUAGCUGAGAUGAUGGAGACGCUGCAGAAGACGGCCCUACAGACGCCUGCUGCUGCUGUGGACUGUGAUGUUUGCACUACAGAGAAGAACAGAGCUGUAAAGUCCUGUCUGCAGUGCUGGGCCUCCUUCUGCCAAACUCACCUGCAGCUUCACUACAAAUCACCUGCAUUUAUGAACCACAAACUAGUCGAAGCCUCCAGACACAUUUGCCCCAACCAUAAAAAACCUCAGGAUAUUUACUGUCAGGAUGAUCAUCAGUGUAUCUGUUAUUUGUGCAUGAUUGACAGCCAUAAAGGACACCGUGUGGUGUCUGUGGAGGCAGAAUUGAUCAAUAAAAAGAACAAGUUAAAGGAGAUGAAGUUGAAAUGUCAAACGUUGAUCAAGGAGCGGCAGAGAGGUUGGCAGGAGCUCAGCAUUGCCAUGAAGCUUUUUAAAAGUUCAGCAGAUGAGGCGGUGGAGAAGAUGGAGAAGGUGUUCACUGAGCUCAUCUGCUCUCUGGAGAAGAAACGCUCUGAGAUUAAAGAGCAGAUCAGAGCUCAGGAGAAGACGGAGACAGAUCGAGCAGAGCAACUUCACCAACAUCUGCAUCAAGAGCUGACACAACUCAGAAAAACACAAGCAGAGAUCGAUAAACUGCUCACUACUGAAGACCAGAUCCACUGUCUGAAGAGCUGUGAGUCUGUGUGUGUUUUACCCACAUUUGAAGACGUUCCCAGCUUCACUUCACACACUCAUCUGUCUUUUAAAGACCUUUCAUUCUCAGCAUUCAGAGAGGCUUUAGAGGACGCCUGUCAACAGCAAACAGAUGCAAUAAGCAGAGAAGUGUCAAACAUUCAUGUUGUAAAGCCUCCAGACCUAAAGACUCAAAAUGAUUUUUUGCAGUACUUUUGUCAGAUUCAUCUGGAUCGAAACACUGCGCACAAAAACCUCAAAGUGACAGAAGACAACAAGAAAGUAUCAUGUUCGGAUAAAGACCAGAAAUAUCCUGAUCACCCAGAGCGGUUUGAUGGAUACUGCCAUGUCUUGUGUAGAGAGGGUUUGACUGGCCGCUGUUACUGGGAGGUUGAGUGUAGUGGCAAAUACUGGGCAGUAGCAGUUUGUUAUAGAGGAAUCAGUCGUAAAGGAGUCAGUGAUGACUGUAAACUGGGCUUCAACAAGAUUUCCUGGAGACUGGGCUAUUAUCUGCAGAAUUUCAGUUUCAUACAUGGUAAAGCACAUGUCCGUCUUCCUCCUGCUUCUAGAAUUGGAGUGUAUCUGGAUCACAAAGCAGGAAUGCUGUCUUUUUACAGUGUCUCUGACACAAUGACCCUCCUUCACAGAGUCCAGACCACCUUCACUGAACCACUGUACCCUGCGUUUUAUUCUGGGUCUGGGUCGUCAGUCAAAAUCAUAGAAUAAAGGACAGUUAAAAAAAUACCAAAUAAAAAAAACACAGUUUAUGUAAUGAAUUACCUGAACUAUUCACAAAUGCCAAAGAUCAACAUGUAGUUUAUGUAUGUUCAGUACAGUACAGUACAGUACAAAUAUUCACUCAAUUGCAUGUUAACAAAUGUAUUAAAUGGUGAUUCUCUCAUUAAUCAUAAAUGCUGAGGUUAAAUGACCUCAUUUUUGUAGAUGUAGAUUAUCAUGUUGGAUAUUUAGGGUUUUAAUAUGGUAACAAAAUGCUUUUUUUUUUUACCUUUCACAGUGGUUGUUUUUAUCUUUAUAUGUGAAAUGUAAUGCAAGAUUUGCUAUCUUUACUUCAGCCAACCUUCAAUGGCAUGAUGUUUUAAAUGUUUUAUAUUAGAAAUGCUUAUUCUUUGAACCAUAAUUGAAUUAUGCUGGAAAUUGAAUGUAGGCUACAUUUCAAAUAUCUUAAUUAUUAAUAACCUGUAGGCUUAAGUUCAGGCAUUUUAAAGUUAUGUCUGUUACUGUCCAAACAUCUCUUGAGUAAAAUGUGCCUACAGUAUGUGUAAUUUAGAAAAUGUGCCAUUCAGAUGGAUUUCUUUAACUGUGGUUCUGUCAUUUUGUUUAUAGGCUAAUUCAGUUGAAUAAUCUACAUAUUUUUGAUGUGUAUAAUGAUUUUGCAAUGAAUCAAAACCAACCGCAUAUAUUAGCCACAUUGAUCAGAUAUUACAAAGCUGUAGUACAUUUUCUUCAAUAGCUUUUUUCAUGCCAAAACCACAAUGAGGUAAAAAGGCUAUAGAAGAUUAUGUGCUACAGCUUGAAUUAUAUCUGAUCAAUGGGGCUAAUAAAAUAAUAUGAUUGAUUUUUAUUCAUUGUACCAGUAGAGGGCAUAACAACGCUGAAAACGAGGACGUUUUGAGUUCAGAAGAAAUGAAACUUAUUUCGUCAUACCGUCAGCUUUUAGAUCUGCCCUGCUGGUCAAUUUGGCAAACCUGUAAAAGCAAUAACAUUUCAUUUCUGCUGUCGAGGUAAGAGCUCAUCCGAACCUGUCUGCUUUGAAGAAAGAUCUCUUGAGAUUGCGUUUUUAAUCUCGUAACGUUAUUUAUAACCACUUUGUUUUGUAUAAUAUCUAUAUACAGUGUUACGGUAAUAAGUCGAGCCGACCUGAAUAACGUGGUGAGUGUGGUCUGUUUUCGGGUCACUUUGUUUCUGUUUUGGAAAACAUAAACUCUUUCCUGCCGAC